AAAUCUACUCUUUGUUGUGCUCUAAUUCUUUAUUUCUUUUCCUUUCCCAAUCCCUAGACUCCAUAGAUGGGAAACAUGCUCGAAGGACUCAGUCCAGUACUCCUUUGGGAGAAUUAUUUGACCAUGGGCUGGAUAGCUGGGCUACCUCCAUUUUUGUGCUUUCUUUUUUUUCUGUCUGUUCCCGUGACAAUGGGAAGACUGGAGUUUCUGUAUAUACAAUGUAUAUAUAUUUAAGCAUUGUCUUGUUUAACUUUAUGUGUUCACACUGGGAGAAGUACAACACAGGAGUUCUUUUUCUUCCUUGGGGAUAUGAUAUAAGCCAAGUGGUAUUAAUAGCAGCAUAUCUGCUUACCGGUGCUCUUGGUGUGGAAGUCUGGCAGAAGCCUUUCCUGUUUGGUUAUUACAUUACAGAUGCAUUAGUAAUCUUGCUUAUAGGCUUCAGUUUAUUGCUUUCAUUUCCACAGACACUAUACAACAUUCACAGAGCACAUUUAAAGAAAACACUGAAGAAUGAUUCUUUAUAUGAAGGACUCCUACCUCUUGUGUCACCUCUGUUGCUUUUCAUUCUUCUUACAAUCUGGGUGGUGUUAUCUCCAGGCAACAUAUUAGCGAAGCAACCAAGAUUGUUCUUGUGGAUGGUUGGGGUUGCUUUCUCAAACGUUAUUUGCAAGGUGAUCAUCUGCCAGAUGAGCAGCACCCGGCCAGACCUUUUCCACUGGUUCCUCUUCCCACUGGCACUGGUUGUCUACGCAUCCAUCUCCGGGCUUCUGGGCUGGAUGGAAGAAGCAGCGCUCGCCCUGUUCACCGUGCUGGUCACAGCAGCCCACGUGCACUACGGCGUCUGCGUGGGGAAGCAGUUGAGUGAGCACUUGAACAUUUACAUCUUUUCCCUGAAGAAACGUGUCCAGGAGUGA